CGCACAACUUCAAAGAGACUGUCUUAAUCAACACAUAGAUUAACAUCCAAGGCUUAUAACAUGCCGGUGCGAAAGAUCACACCUGCAUGUUAUAACACCUCAACCCUCACAUCAAAGGACAGACAUCUAAGGCUAAUUCGAUUAGACAACAAAGGCUCUACUGCCAGGGUGCAUCAAAGGACAGACAUCAGAGGCUAAUUAGAUUAGACAACAAAGGCUGUACUACAUGGGGACAUUUCACACCUACACGCUAUAACACAUCACCCCUCACAUGGGGGGUGUGACAGGAAGAGGUGACAGGCAGGGGUGCGAGGGGACGGGGUGCGAGACAGUCUCACACACAACUUCAAAGAGGCUGCCUUAAUUAACACCUAGAUUAACAUCAGAGGCUUAUAACAUGCCGGUGCGAUAUCACACCUGCCUGUUAUAACACCUCAACCCUCACAUCAAAGGACAGACAUCAAAGGCUAAUUAGAUUAGACAACAAAGGUGCUACUACAGGGGGGGGGGGGGGGGGUCAUUGCACACCUACAUGUGAAAACACCUCGAUUUAGCUUAUUAGCAUAAUUGGGGGCGGGCCCACCUGUCACUUUUUAUGCAUACUAAUGUGAUGGAAGCGGGAUGAAUAUAACUACUUGCAUCCACUCUACAAGGUAAGUGAGAAUAUUGAAAUUACUUUAGUUUUUUUCCAAAGCUGUUUGUGUUUAUGUUUAAGUGUUUGCGAAUGCUACAUAAUGUUAUGGAAGUGUCCAGAUUCUGACAAUGUUAAAAUAACAUUUUCCUUCUUUCCCUCAGCUCCUCACACUCGCUACACUCUGCAGAUCAACUACUUAGCUCGACUUCUUCUCAUAUCUCCAAGUGGAGUUUUCACACAGUUUGCAUCAUCUGGUGGCAAGGCUAUGAUCACAAUCCUGAAGAGAUCCUUGUCCUCAAUGACCUACAGGUCUCUCUGCAUGUCGGAAGACAUUGCUGAGCGUGGGAUGGAGGAUGUGCCGAACUACUACUACAGGGAUGACGGACUCAUGCUUUGGGAUAUCAUUCAGAGGUUUGUGAAAGGAGUGCUUGGUCACUACUACAAGAGUGAUGCUGAGGUCAGCCAGGACUCUGAACUCCAACAGUGGAUUCAAGACAUUUUUGAACAUGGAUUCCUCUCCCAGGCAAACAUGAAUCCCUCAAAGGCUUUAAUCCGUGGCAGAGUUGGUCAAGUUUGUCACCAUGGGGAUUUUCACUGGACAGCACUCGGCUGUGAACUGUGGACAGUUUGACUAUAGUGGCUGGAUGCCCAACAAUCCCAUCUCCCUUCAACUUCCUCCUCCAUCCACAAAGGGGAAAACAAGCGAGGCCACGAUGCUGAACACAUUCCCUGAUGUCAACACAACAGUCCAGGGCAUGUCCACCAUGUGGCUGCUCAGCAAGCAGUCCUCUGACUUCGUCUGUCUCGGCCUCUACUCAGAGGAGCAUUUCUGUGAGGAAGUUCCCUGCAAGCUGAUAAGCAACUUUCAAGGGGAACUUGAAAUAUUAAGCAGUGAUCAAAACCAGAAACAAGAGCCUGGAGGUCCCAUACACUUACAUGGACCCUGCUUUGGUGGAAAAUAGUGUGGCCAUUUGAAUGUUGCAGUGAAAGAAGGUGUGGGCCUCUCCCUCAAUCCGACAUUGGAUAGUUUCCUGAUCUCUUUCUCGCUAUAGGGUUGGUAUCCUCAUGAGGGAAUCUUUAUUAGCCGCAUUAGUCUUCUACAUUUUUUACUGAUGAUUUUUCAGUGUCUUGGUAAUUUGAUUGCUUAUUUUAAAACUCAUUUAAAAAUCUACUGAUGGCAACUUUACCACUGGGCAAACUCAAUACAUUUCAAACAUUUGCAUGCAGAACACAACUCAGAGAUUUGCUAAUUAAAUACUGCUGUGUUAGCUGAGAGCAAAUGUACAAAUCUAAGCAUUUUAGCAUCAGUUCUGCUUGCUCAGUCGAGUUACAUAAACAGAAAAUGGACCAAACGAUAUAUUCAGGAACAAAAUAUACUGAUCUCAAACAAUCGUGCAGUGACUAAAUGUAACUCUGCCUGCAACAGAUUAGUCUUGUCUUUGUAUAUUUGUUGUUUAUUCCAUUGAUGUUUUGUUGCUGGUGAUUUGUUGCUUAUUGUAUACAGUAUGUUGUUGCUAAUUUAUUGUUUCUAGGAUAUUAUAUAAUUCUGUACUCACACCUGUACUAUCUUGCAAUGAGUCGCUUGUCAAUAAUAAAACCAGAUCUAAAUG